CCAGGUAACAUGGUGCCCAAACCCAAAUCAAAGAAGAUUACUCACUGAAAACAGAGCAGCUAUGGCCAGGUUUGCAGGCCAUGGGUUGACAUUCUUGGUGAUACUGGUAUCUGUUCUGGUGACGACUCCGUAUGUCAUUAAGGCAGCUGUAACCUGCGAGCAGGUCGUAAACUAUCUGACUCCAUGCAUCCCUUUUGGAGUGUUUGGAGGGAGCGUACCAGAGGAGUGUUGUGCCGGCGUAAAAGGGCUUCAUGAUGCAGAAGUCACGACAGAGGAUCGGAGAACUGCUUGCGGUUGCAUUCAGAAAGGGUGUGCAAUGAUUCCUGGUCUCGACUAUGACCGUGUAAACACGCUUGGGGAUCUAUGUGGUGCUCCUUGUCCUUAUAAAGUUUACCCUUCUACUAAUUGCUCUCAGGUAAGCUGAACCUAUAUAUUGAAGGCACUGCCAGAAUGAAAAUAAAGCUUCCGGGAAGACUAUAGCAAGCUGAGGCUAGAAACGUUACAACACAAAUGUAUUUAGGGUAUUGCCAAACGUACUGUUGGGAUUUACAAAGUUGUCUGAAAUAAAAAAUACGUUUCAUAUCUCAUACGCAUGAUGUGCGUAUGUGAUUCCUCCA